UGCGUGAGUUUGCACCCGACGGUGCUUUUUUGGCAUCACUGGUUACACUUAUUAAUGCAUUAAUCGCAGAUUUGAUUGUUAUUUCAAAUUUUAUAAUCAUGGAAGAGUCUAUAGACAUGUUUGCAUGGGCACAUAAAUUGGAAUGCCCACCAACAUUGUACAAUGAUUUAGGAAAAAAAAUAUUAUGUAAAGGGCUCAUUGGAUUUUUGUGGGAUGAUUUAGCAGAUGUUAUAUUUACUUGUCAUGAAACUAAAAUUAUACGAAAAAAUGUUUUAUUACAUCAGUUGAAACAAGGGACACCAGAUAGAGGUAUUCAAUGUAUACAAAAUAUAUCACAGAUGAAAUCAAUUAAAAAUGAUUUAAAAAAUCAAAUAUCUAAAUUGGAAGAGGAAUGUGAGCAACUAGAUUUUACAGUUAGACAAAGAGUACAAAAAUUACGAGAUAUAUCGACUGAACAUUCACAAAUAAAAGUAAAAAGAUAUUUGCUCAGAAUGAAAUAUGAUCAAACUAAUACACAGCUUUGUGACUGCAACAAGAUGAGAUUAGUUUGUCAACAUUUAAUGCCAAGCACUUGUACAAAUUUAGAUCCUAAAUUGAUAACAGAAAUGUUAGAUAUAGUAACAAGUCUUUGGACUGGAGCAAAUAAAAGACAAGUAUGGGAUACAAUAUCGCAUAAUCUUGAUAAUAUUGAAGUACCUACACUAUGGCAUCACUUACAUCAAAAUUUGAUUGAAACUGUGGAUCCGCUAAUAGUAUCAGAAAAUGCAGAAUCCUUGGAUACAGAUGAAAAAAAUAUAAAUGUUGGUAUUGUCAAUAUACAUGGACAACAUAUUUCUAUGGUUUCAAAACGGUUAUUGUAUCUUGCAAAUGCAAAUAAUUAUCAGCAAGGAGUUCUUGAAUUUAUACAAAAUAUUGAGACGGCUUCUAAUAAUUUCAUGGAUACAAGCGAAUGGUUAGUAUUAUCAUUGGAAGUUUGUAAAUUAGAAACAGAACAAAGAUGUUUACAAGAAGAACUUGACAAAAUUCGAAAAGAUUUGAAUGAAAACAAUACACUUACUUUCGACCUAAGUGAACUAACUUCAGAAAUACAAGAUAUUAAUGAUCAAAUUGUGGAGUAUCUGCAAAAUAUACAGUUGUCAUUAAACCUUUUGAAGUUUUCCACGGUACAUCUUAUGGAAACGAAAAAAAAGAUAUGUUUAGAAUUACAAAACAUAAUAGCAUUGAGGAAUGGUGGAUAUGAGUACACAUGGUUGAACGAUGAUUUAAGUACUGAAUUAAAUACAUUCUAUAAUACCUUGAAUCUGAAUGCAUUAAGAAAAAUCUUGUUAAAAGGAAAUAUUGGAGUUUAUAGGUAUACGAAAAGUUGUUUUAAUGAAGCUUCACUGCCAAUUAAUAACUCUCAGGCUUCGAAUAUUAAGUGUUAUUUUCCAAUGAUUCAAAUACCAAUUUACUCUUUAAUAGAAUGUUACAAAAAUUUAAUUUUACAAUUUGUUUAUAAAAAAUUUGAAUCAUUAAAAGUUGAAGAAAAUUCAGAUAUAUUUCAAAUGCCUAUAUUAAUGAACGACGAAAAUAAGUCUCUUAUAGUUAAAUUGUUCAAUUUAUCAAAAGCUGUCAGCAUACGGACAAAAACAGAAAUUGAUGAGUUUAACGAAAUAUUAAACGCUUGGAUGCGUCAAACAGUUCAAAAAGUAAUGGAAAUUAUUGAGAAAACUGUAGAUGAUGCGUCUUUUCCCGAUUGGAGUGACCGUUACAAUUUAUUAUUAUAUAUGUUACAAAAUCCAACACAGCGUUAAAUGUAUUAUUAUAUUUUAUUUUAUGU